AUGGAUGAAUCCGGUGAUUCCCAACAUCAGCCGGCGAUCGACCCAAGAAGUGGAUUCUGCAAAUCAAACUCUACUUUCUACAGCAAGCGGCCGGGGGUCGCACUUCCCCAUAACCCUUCUCUGGACUUGACAACUUUCAUUUCAUCCCGUCCUCACAGUGUUUGCCAAUCCGUUCUUUCCCUCGGGGCUAUCAUGACCACCACUAACCCACUCAACACCGGCGGCGAAAUAUCCAAACAACUAUCCGAAUCCAGACCCGUCCUAGCCUUCACCGUCCCGGAGCUCCUCCCAAAGCUUGCCCAAGCCAUCUCCGGCGAUCUCGUGUCACCUGAAGAGCAUGAUGAGGAAGAAGAGAGAUUCGGGUCAGGAACGAUUGGGUCCACCGUGGUGGUCCUGUCUAAAUUCGACAUGGACGAGAUGCUUUGGGCCGUGGAGAAGUAUAAGGCCACGUAUUUGCCACUGGUGCCGCCGAUUUUGAUCGGAAUGAUCAACAAGGCCGACGAGAUCAAGGCGAAAUACGACGUCAGGAGCUUGAGGACGGUUUUAUGCGGCGGGGCCCCGAUGAGUUGGGACACGGUUGAGGGGUUCGCCGAGAAGUUUCCCGGCGUGACAAUCAUGCAAGGGUACGCGUUGACGGAGUCAAACGGCGCUGGGUCUUCCACGGACACCAUGGAGGAGAGCCGGAGGUACGGCACGGCUGGGCUUCUGUCGCCGGGGAUUGAAGCGAAGGUCGUUGACCCGGAAAGCGGGAAGGCACUUGGAGUGAAUCAGACCGGUGAACUGUGGAUCAGAGGACCCACUAUCAUGAAAGGUUAUUUGGGGAAUGAAGAAGCAACAGCAUCAACUCUAACUUCAGAAGGAUGGUUAAGAACGGGAGAUUUGUGUUAUAUAGAUGAUGAUGGUUUCCUUUUCAUCGUCGACAGGCUUAAGGAACUCAUCAAAUACAAAGGCUAUCAGGUUGCUCCAGCUGAACUUGAAGCCUUGUUACUUGGUCACCCAGAUAUAACCGAUGCCGCUGUAAUUCCGUAA